UAGUUACUAACCUACUUCCGUACGGGCGCCAACCGCGAGCGCGACUGACGGUACGCUUGACGCUUACCUUUACGACGCCGUGUAUGGCACGAAUCAGUGAUGGACUAUUUUAUGAAAAGCGAACUGAAUACGCGCGCAUCUGCCUCAGUUGAAUGGACAGAAACACUAUUAUUCUUAGCAAACAGGCGAGCUUGAAAAACAUGUUUUACGGAACCGUGCCGCUCCCCGCGUACUGAUCGUGCUAAGUGCUGCGGUGAAAAAGUAUGCUGAUAGUUGGUGUUACAAUAAAUUUUCGAAGACAAAAGUUGAAAAGGUGAUCAGUAAUUAGAGAAAAUUGUGGAACUUUGUGUGAUGUGCGUAUUGAAGCGCUAAGCAAGCUGUCGGCGGGCGAAAAGCUGGGGCCAGAGGCGCAUGACGCCUCCACACACGCAUCUCAACUGCAGACAAUGACCUCUACAAUGGGAAUAAUGACACUCAGCCGCGGCCCGUGUGACCUCGACAACAUGAGUCUGUUCCAAGACCUCAAAUUGAAGAGGCGGAAAGUUGACUCCCGAUGUAGUAGCGAUGGCGAAUCGGCAGCCGAUACCAGCACGUCGUCGCCCGACCCGGGCCCACCAUCGCCGCGCAUGGCCGAGGCCGGCUGCAGUACGCCGCCACAUCCGCCGCCUGUGUUCGACGGCGGCGGUUCGCCCUCACCAUCACCGGCUUGCCACCCAACCGUUAUCCGGUCAGCGCCUCCUAAUUCAGUCAUCAAGUUUGAAGGAGCGCCGGCCGCUAUUAAACUAGAAACUUCUACUGCGGGAAAACAUGAAUCAAGUCCAUCCUCUCAAUUUUCAUCUGUAAAAUUAGAAGGGCCGCCGCCAGAUCCACCUCAGCCGUACAGGCCUCGCUCACUUGCACCACCACCUCCUAGUCCCCACUCGUCUCUUUCACCAAACCAUUGGCCUCCAGCAGCAUGCAUUAAUGGAGUUAAACCUGAACUUAUCGGAGGACACUUCCCACCACAACCGCUAGAACCAAAAUCAGGUCCGAGAAGUUCGACUCAAUGGAGAGGAGCGCCAGCCGUUAUUAUGGGCGAAUCCGGUGGAGUUCGAACAAUGUUCUGGACAUUACCUGCACCCACUUCCACCGGCGAACCAGCUGCUAGUGCAUCGCAUACACCAACACCACCUUCAGAUCCUAAUACGUGUAGUGAAGAAUCUGCAGCUCGAUUAUUAUUAAAUCUGGGUGAAUUGAGGCGAACGCAAGGACCACGACUAAAUAUGGAGCUGUUAUGGGCUGGUGACGUUUCCCAAUUACCCGCACAUCAACAGAUGCAUGCAUUAAACCUAAGUGCUGCAGCGGGUGGAGUAUCAAGUGUACCAAGCGUCAGUUCGAUAGCAUCUCGACCUGAACUCCGGACAUACGCCCCUGAAACAGAACGCGAUGAAGAUGAACAACCAAUGAUCUGCAUGAUUUGUGAGGACAAAGCGACAGGUCUACAUUAUGGUAUUAUCACUUGUGAAGGCUGUAAGGGUUUCUUUAAGAGGACAGUUCAAAAUCGACGAGUCUAUACAUGUGUAGCGGAUGGUGGCUGUGAAAUAACAAAAGCGCAAAGAAAUAGAUGUCAAUAUUGUCGAUUUAAAAAAUGCAUAGAACAAGGAAUGGUAUUACAAGCUGUGAGAGAAGAUCGUAUGCCAGGAGGCCGUAAUAGUGGCGCAGUAUAUAAUUUAUAUAAAGUAAAGUAUAGGAAGCAUAAGAAGGCAAAUGCAAAGGCGGCGACAACAACAAGUAGAGCGUCACCUCCUGAAAAACCUAAGGACCCUUUACCGCCCCUCCCACCGAACCUCGUAAAUGGGACCAUACUUAAGACUGCUUUAACAAACCCUAGCGAGGUGGUUCAUUUGAGAGCAAGACUGGAAAGUGCUGUAUCAUCGUCAAGAGACAGGGCGAUACCCCUUGAUAGAGCACUGCACAUGAUCAGAGCGCUGAUCGACUGUGAUGCUAUGGAAGACAUUGCAACCGUGCGUCAUUUACCUGAUCUCCUUCAUGACACAUCAGAAAUAGGUGAUAAAUUAUGUAAAAUCGGCGACUCGAUCGUCCACAAAAUGGUCGCGUGGACAAAGAAGUUGCCAUUCAUCAUGGAAAUACCUAUGGAAAUACAUUCAAAGCUAUUGAUGGAAAAGUGGCAUGAGAUAUCAGUAUUGACAACUGCAGCAUAUCAAGCGAUGCAUGGAAAACUGGCUCAUGCUCCACCGUCAUCAGACCACGAACAUGAUUUUAUGCAAGAGGUUAACGCAAAUCUCAGGACAUUACAAAACUGUUUAACAUCACUAAUGGGACGGCCUAUCACGUUGGAACAGCUCCGAUUAGACGUGGGUUUGGUGGUCGAGAAAAUGACGCAGAUCACGUGUGUGUUUAGGCGCAUUCAUCUUCAAAUGGAAGAAUAUGUCUGUCUGAAAGUCUACAUACUAUUAAAUCAGGAGGUAGAACUGGAAGGUAUUCAAGAUCGCUACGUACAAGUUCUUCGGAGCUACCUAGAACACACUGCACCUCAUCAUCCUGGGAGGCUUCAGGAAUUGUUCGCUCGGAUACCAGAGAUCCAAGCGGCGGCCAACCUGCUACUUGAGAGCAAGAUGUUCUACGUGCCGUUCGUACUGAACUCCGCUGAAAUCAGAUAGUAUAUGGCCGAGCAGGGUUUGUAGUUCUCGAUGUACGAGCGGCAGACUCCUCGCUCGCGUUGCCGCGCCCUCGUCUUAUGAAUCCGCGGCCGACGCGCACCACCCUGUGUUCACCACCGGUUAGCACGAACACUCGUUGCCGCUGUUGUUCCUACGCUUCGGGUAUCGACAAUAAAGUCCUCGACGAUUGUAUCCCGCCUACCACGAUAGUCAGCGCGCGAGCUGUUGCAAACAUCUGGACGAUUGAUAUCGCAAAGAAUUCUAUUUUAAUGUGAUUAUAGUGCGAACAGAGUGCGGUACGUUAUAAGUAAUGCUGAGUCGAUGUGUGUUUUGGUAUAUUGUUUAGAACAGGAAUUAUAACGUCCCAAUUGACAGACUGAUUUAUGAUUAAUAGUUAUUUUAGGUACCAGGGACUUGAAUGCGUGUUUUAUACGUGGUAGUGUAUACUACUUAGUGUUACAUAGAUUAAAUAUAUAUGAUUAUGUUGCUAUUUAAAUUUGUCAAUCGGAGAACCGCAUAAUAUAUUAUUUCUGUAAAUAGUGUAAUUUUUAUAAUAGGUGUUAGAUAAUAAGUCGUUGUUUUUAGAAAGUUGUUUCUUGUAAAUGAAAUAUUGCUGUUUUAGUUUGCAUUUUAUAUCGUCUAGAGUUUUACCAGUAGAAUUAUUUUUACUGGAUGUGUAUUAUUGAAAAGUUUAAUUUAAUUUUGUAUGACUUAUUCGUAAGUAGAACUAAGUACCUAUUCUCAGUGUUUACCAAGACUGCUUGUAUACAACUCUACUGUUAAAUCCUAACUUAUAUAGCAAGAUAGUGCGAAUCGCACAUGAAUUUGGUAGUCACAAUUCCUACAUUUUUCUGCCAACAUUUCGCAUACAAUUGUAAAAAAAAAUACUUGACCCAAAUUUCUAAAUAGCUUGUAACUUCAGUAAAUUUAUCAAAUUGUAAACUUUGUAUGUACUUUAUUCGCCGUUUUUGUAUCUGUGUAUACCUGUAAAAUUAUUUCGUAAAAACGUUGGUUUUAAAAUAGUCGUUUGCAUGACUAUCGUAAUAAACAAUGUAAUCGCUUCCUUUGAUGUGUUCAAUUGUAAUUUUUGCUCAGUGUCUCAUUGUGUUUCACGAAAUGCUUUUAUUAAUAUUUCGUAAGAAUAGAAAUCUUCAGUCUGCAUAGAUGAAACAACAUGAAAUAAUUUUUCAUAAGGAUUUAUUAUGUGAACCGUUUACACAUUAUUUAAACAUUUUAUCUCGAAAGAUUAUUCAGACUGCGUGGUUUGUUAAAUUUAAACUCCUAAUUAAUAAUACUAAAGCUUAAACAGCUUUGAUAACUGAGUGUUAAUUAAUCAUAGUAUUUUUAUCAUAACUAAACAUUCACAAUUAACUCUAAUUAACUUAUAACAUCAUUCAUUAUUUAUUUUAUCGUAUCAUCGUAUUAUUCACGUUCACCAUACAUAAUCAUUGUCGUGAUACAUUAUAAUUAUGAAAAUCACCUGAUAAGUACAUAACUAUAUUAAGGGAUGUAAAAUAUAUCACACGUUAGUCAUAAAAAUCAUGGUAUCGAUAGUUUAGUCACCGAUUAAUAUUAAAUGGGUACACUAGUGACUUGUACGAUUAUACAUAUUCUUUUCAUUGCUACAAUCAAAAUCGAACACGUCCUAAGUGUUUGAAAACAAAACCCGGCAGCUGAUGUAGUAAUCGCAGUUGGUCUCGUGACUUAUCUCAUCUCAAUAUAAAAUGUAUUUGACUUCGUCACUAGUCACUAUUGUGCCUUUAAAUUAAUUCUAAGUAAAACCUGACGUCUCAACUGACACUGUCAAUGAUCACUGCCUCUUGUUUUUAAAAUUAUGUGCCGUUAUUAAUCUUUUGUAUUAACUUUAAUAUUUUAAUUGUAAUAAACGUUCCAGCAACGGUGAACAGUUACCAUUAGGAUAAGUCAUCGGCGAUGUACGCCAAUUAAAAAAUUAAGUAAUUGUAAAACCAAAAAGUUCGUUAUAAGGACUUAGGUUCUAGGUUAAAAUUUUGCGCAUUAACAUCCCUUUAUCAAUCCUUCAAAUGCAGACUUCGGCUCUAUUCAUCCCAUACGACUUUCAUGACAUUAUCAUCUUGAUGAAUUUCUUCUACAUUAUAUUAAAACUAUUUAAAUAUACUUCACUUCACUUUUUUUUACAUCUGACAUUUUAUUAUAAUUCCUCUGUCAUACCUUUGAAAAUCAUCAAAUCAUCUAACUAAUACUAAGUACAUACAUCAUAUUGGGAAAUACUAAUACCUAGCUACUUACAAUGUAGGUACACUAAUUCGUAAUGAAUUUUUUAUAAGUUAGGUAUAAUGUUGUUACUAUAAAUAUUUAAUUAGAAAAUUCUGUUACCUGAAUGAGCGACACGCGUCCGUUCCUCAUCGUGUUACCAUUAGUUAAGUAUUAGGAGAUACUUUUGUACAUAAAUUAUGAAAAACAACCAGUUACAAUACUGCCAUUUUAUGCCUAAAGUCAUGUUGUUGUUUUCUUUGUAAUUAUAAUUAUUACUCGCGAUUAUUACGUAUAUGUGAUAGGGAAACAGCGACAAAAUAUCGAAAUCACCCUCAUUUACUGCUUUCAUUGUGAUUUUUACGUCUUUUCGAACAUAAUAUUGUUUUUAUUAUCAUACGUAUUAAUUGUCCUUCAUAUAUGUAUGGUGCUUAAAAUUUUGUCCAUUACAAAAAGGCUUUUUUAUAAUCAUUAUUCGGAUUACCUACGCAUAUUUAUUAUUCAUUUAAUAUUAUAACUUAAUCUUAAAUAAUUAGUUCAUAAAACACCAUCAACACGACGGUGUUGAAUCUAAAGUCUGAGGUAAAGAUGCCUUUAUAGAUUUUUAACGUGUAUCAAUGAAGAACUAGAAUAACUGCGAUUCGUUCAUCGCUCGUCUUAUUUCUUUAUGAUAUUGUAAGUAUAAUGACACUUAUUUUGUUAGUAAAAUAGUUUAAUAUUAGUGCAAACUAAUAAUGGCGAUGUAUCAAAGGAUAAAUAGAACGUAAGAAUGUUAUUGGCGUUGUACAAAGGAUAGUAUUAGUGAGUAACGAUGAAAUUGGCGCAUUACUGGCGAGUACCUAAUUAGAAUAGGAAACUUAGCCUAUCGAGGCUAUACUUUAGUACAUAAACAGUAAUUUUCUGCUUUACGUUGCUCUUCUAAAUUAAUAUGUUAGAAUUAAACAUUGUGUGAACUGUGAAUACAUUUUUAACAUCCACGAAAUGAUAGAAAUUAUGAGAAGUAAACUUUUAUUUCUGCUUUUUGAAUCUACACUUAUAUCAAUUUGAGAGGUUUAAUUUCAAGUUUUCAUAGAUACAUUUAAUGUACAGCGAUACAACUUAAAUGUUUACAUGAUAUUAUUAUUUUAGGAAUCUAAUAAUAAUAAUUAUUGUACUAUACACCGCUGGUAUAAUAAUUGUAGCCUAACUUCUUAUAUUCGAAUACAUAUAAUACAGAAGUCAGUAAUUGCCUAGAUACUAUCGCGAAAAUAAUUUGACUGAUAUAAAUUAAUUAAUCUUAAUUCGUAAGUGUAUGAUGUUAAUAUAUUUAUAAGUUAAAAUCAAGAAAAAAAAUAUGCAUUUCACACUUUCUAUAUAACCCGAUAGACAUUGAAUAUUUGCAUCUAAUAUGCGACAACAAUAUUUUCACAUUUUAGAGUAAGUUUGUUGUGUAUAAAAUAGCAUUUCAUGUAUGUAUGUAUUUCGGUAAAAGGAGGGUUAAAACUAUGUACAUUAGACGUUGUAUUAAAAUAGUUACAAGACGAUUGUAAAACCAUAAUAAGAGAAUAUAUAUUUGGAAAUGUUGAUAAGUGUUUGUUGUAUGUAAUUAAUUGUCAUAGAUGAGAUUUUGAACUCAAAGGGCAAAUAUAUAUACAUAUAUCUUUAUAUAUAUACAUUUAUUACUACAAGUUAUACCCCAAGUUUAAUUAUUAUAAAUUAACCGCGUUCGUUACGUUUAGACAAACACGUGCGCUUCAUGUUAUUUAUUUCUUUCAUACUUACAACAAAGACUUCUAAACGAACAAUACCAUUAUUAAGUGUUUACAUAUUUAGAAUCGCCACGGGAUGUUUACCACGCAGUCUCACAUAAAGUGCCUCACAUAACAAUUUUGUGUACAACCGAAGUUAUAACAUCAUUAUCAUAAGAAUUCAAUGGUUGAGUGUGCUGUUCACGUAUUUAUAAUAGUUGGGCUCGCUCAAUUUCAAGACUUAUCGCUUCAGAAAUAGUGUAUUUUUAAGUAUUCAAAUACCUUAGGGUUUCUAUGUUUAUUGUAGCAAAUCACAUUAGUUGCUGAUUGUAAAUGUAAUGUUUCUCGAUGGAAAAGGCUGUUGUUAAAAUUCGACCAAGUUAAGAUUUGACUGUUAGUAGGUACUAUUGAUUUUGAUGUCUGUAUUUGGAUUUUCAUGUCUCGUUCGAGUGGUGCGCCGGGUAAUGUAAGUCAAAGAAUCGUGUACUGGUUUGCCAAGAGAAGUUACCUACAGUUGUGUUUAGUUAGAAAUGCAAAACGUGUUUGUACUUUAAUUUGUUUUUUAGUUGUACUCUUGGAAAUCAAUGGUUAAUAACUUAAGAAAAUAAAAUGUAUGUGAAAUA